AUGACAUCAUCGACGUCUCGAGCACGCACGUUGUUAAGUAACGAGGAGGGGGGGGGGGGGGGGCAGAGUCGAGUAGAGAACGGCCGUCUGUGCAAUAGGAGCUGCUCAGAGACUAUCAACAGGGAGCGCGACCGACGACUGAGCUGGGGGUAUGAGAGCUGCCAGAAUCCGCUCCCAUCCUCUCCUGGUCGGCUCUUUGUCCGACUGACAACCCGCGGAUCAGAACCUCCACUUCACCAGCUGUCGGACGAACCUGAUAUCGGCGAUACCUUUGGUUCCUUUGGAGACAUUUACCUUGGUGCCAACAUCGCCACCGGUGAGGAGGUAGCCAUCAAGCUGGAAUGCGUGAAAACCAAACACCCGCAGCUGCACAUUGAAAGCAAGUUCUACAAGAUGAUGCAGGGAGGAGUGGGCAUUCCAUCGAUAAAGUGGUGUGGUGCAGAGGGAGACUACAACGUCAUGGUGAUGGAGCUGCUUGGUCCCAGCCUGGAGGACCUCUUCAACUUCUGCUCCCGAAAGUUCAGCCUAAAGACCGUGCUGCUUUUGGCAGACCAGAUGAUCAGCCGCAUCGAAUACAUCCACUCCAAGAAUUUCAUCCAUCGCGAUGUGAAGCCCGACAACUUCCUCAUGGGGCUCGGCAAGAAGGGCAACCUGGUGUACAUAAUCGACUUUGGCCUGGCCAAAAAGUACCGCGACGCCCGCACACACCAGCACAUCCCUUACAGGGAGAACAAGAACCUGACCGGAACGGCACGCUACGCCUCCAUCAACACGCAUCUUGGAAUUGAGCAGUCAAGGCGCGACGACCUGGAGUCCCUGGGCUAUGUCCUCAUGUACUUCAACUUGGGGUCCCUCCCCUGGCAGGGGCUCAAGGCCGCAACCAAGAGACAGAAGUAUGAGCGCAUCAGUGAGAAGAAGAUGUCCACACCCAUUGAAGUUCUCUGUAAAGGAUACCCCUCCGAGUUCUCCACAUACCUGAACUUUUGCCGCUCGCUCCGCUUUGAUGACAAGCCCGACUACUCCUACCUACGCCAGCUCUUCAGAAAUCUGUUCCACCGACAGGGGUUCUCCUACGAUUAUGUCUUUGACUGGAACAUGCUCAAAUUUGGAGCCAGUCGUACAGCCGAGGAUGGGGACCGGGAAAGGAGGACGGGAGACGAGCGAGAUGAGCGCAUCGGGGGAGCCCCCAGAGGGUCGGCAUCACGAGGCCUUCCUCCAGGCCCCACCCCCGGAGCCCCCAACAGGGUCAGGAAUGGGCCGGAGCAAGCCAUGUCCAACCCCGCCUCGCGGGUCCAGCAGUCUGGUAACACGUCACCUCGUGCAAUUUCUCGCGCAGAGCGGGAGAGGAAGCCCGUCACGACCAGUCGAGAAUUUCCACAUCGCAGGUCAGCGUGCCAUUUGAGCACAUGGGAAAGUGAAAAUCCGUGGCUCUGCAUGCAAGGGCAAAAGACAGGGCUCCAAGGAAUAUUUGCCACCAAGCGUCCGUCAAACAACUGCAGAGGAGAGAUGAGUCAGCUUUUGUGGCGAGACAGGCGACUGUCUGAGAGGUUGGGGAAUGAUUCUCCUAACGGCCCUGCUCCAGGCUCCCCAGCCACCGUGGCCCCGCCGGGAUCCAACUCGUCGUGGCCACCCGGGGCCCCCGUGGUCAUGCCAGAGCAGCCGUUUUUUCUCAUGACCUCCACCGCGCAGACGAUAUCAGGGUUCUUCGUCUGGACAGCUCUUCUGAUCACAUGUCACCAGAUCUACAUGCACCUCCGUUACUACAGUUCUCCAAAUGAGCAGCGGCACAUAGUCAGGAUCCUCUUCAUAGUCCCCAUCUACGCCUUCGACUCCUGGCUCAGCCUUCUCUUCUUCACCAAUGAGGAGUAUUACGUCUACUUUGACACAGUCCGAGACUGCUACGAAGCAUUCGUCAUCUACAACUUCCUGAGUCUGUGUUACGAAUAUCUGGGAGGAGAAAGUGCCAUCAUGGCUGAAAUCAGAGGGAAACCCAUUGAGUCGAGUUGCAUGUAUGGGACCUGUUGUCUGUGGGGAAAGACCUACUCCAUUGGCUUCCUGAGGUUUUGCAAACAGGCAACUCUCCAGUUCUGUGUGGUGAAGCCCCUCAUGGCAGUGAUUACCGUCAUUCUUCAGGCCUUCGGCAAAUACAAAGACGGGGACUUUAACGUGGCUAGUGGCUACCUGUACGUCACUAUUAUCUACAACAUCUCCGUCAGUUUGUCGCUCUACGCACUCUUCCUCUUCUACUUUGCUACACGAGAACUGCUGGUUCCUUACAACCCUGUGCUCAAGUUCAUCAUGGUCAAGUCGGUCAUCUUUCUCUCUUUCUGGCAGGGGAUGCUGCUGGCCAUCCUGGAGAAAUGUGGCGCCAUUCCUCAGAUCAGCUCCGCCGACUUCUCCGUGGGCGAAGGAACUGUCGCCGCUGGCUAUCAGAACUUCAUCGUCUGCAUAGAGAUGUUCUUUGCUGCCGUUGCUUUGCGCCAUGCGUUCACUUACAAGGUGUACAUGGACAAAAGGCUGGACUUGUAUGGCUCUUUUCCUAUCUAUGGACAAUACGGUCGCUGUGCCCCGAUGAAGAGCAUCUCCAGCAGCUUGAAGGAGACCAUGAAUCCGGGCGACAUGGUCCAGGACGCCAUCCAUAAUUUCUCCCCAGCUUAUCAGCAGUACACACAGCAGUCCACGCUGGAGCGAAGUGGGGGGCCGCCACUGUCCCGCAGCCACAGCAACGUCAGCACCCGCGGAGACAACGAAAAGACCCUCCUGCUGAGCUCCGACGAUGAGUUCUGAGACUGAAACCCCCACGCUGUUUGCUCAUAUAGAAUUCUAAGCAGCAGUGUGAGAUAGAUCAGAUCUUUUAAUUCAGCCUUACCCUGACAGGUGAAAUUAGUUUUAACUCCAGACAACAGUGAACUGUUAUGUCUAUCAGAUUUAUAAAAUGCUGGGUAUCAAGACUACUGUGAGGUGUGAGGAAGUGCUCUUAUGCUCACUGGGGAAAUAAGAUUAAACAAGAGAAGGGGAAACAUAAAAGAUUGGAGAUGUUGCACAUAUGUUUAGUGAGCUGUAAUGUUAGGAGCUUUCACUAUAUGACUGAGCUGUUAUCUGUGCUGAUGUCAUAUUGCAGCUACGGUUUCUAGGAUGUUACAGACAGAAAUCCAGUAUCUGUAUCCGCCUAAGGAAUACAGGUUGGUACAAAUUUGCUGUGCCUGCAUAUAGCAUCUUCAAAGUGCACUUUAUAAGGCACAGCAGAAUCGUUCUCAGUUUCCGCCAGAAAAGAUAAGUGCCAUCUUCAUCUGAAAACGAAUGGCAACGUGUUCCAAAAAAAUUGCCAAAAAUGACAGGCAAGUGUCCCAUACUUUGCGUAUUGAGACACUCUGCCUUAAAGUUCAGGAUUGCUUUACAGUCCAGCAUAUGGAAGGAGCCUUUGACUUGCUGGGUUUCAUUAAGAGUUGAAUACAAAUAAUUAUUUUAUAUAUUCAAUGUAGUAUGAAUUGGAAGGUUUCACUCUUUCACAGACUAGUUUGUUGGAGAAUUACUCUAGAGAUGUUUUAAAUAUACUCUGUACCAUUAUUGUUUUGUUUGAUAUCGUGACUUGUGUGAUAUCAGGUCCAGCUCUUGGUGUAGUGCAUGGGUCGUGCAAAGCUGAGGGAACAGCUGUACGGGAGGUUUUUAGCGUGGGUGGAGGGCCAGACGGAAGGACAGCAACCACGUGGAUUACAGAUUACUGAAGAAGCUGCACUUUCUGCGGAGCUGGCCCAGCUGUGAUAUGCUGUAGACUGUAAUCUCAUAAUUAAUGGUGUUCCACGCAGCCACAGAGACGGCCUGCCUCUGCCGGCCCUGCUUGUAAUGGCGCCUCUUUAUGCUGCAGAAGACCAGGGAGACACUAACCAGACAGAAAGGCCUACUGGGUAAGGCUUUAGAGCUGACUGGGUUUAUAUUCCGAAUACAUAUAACAUAUGCCUACACACACAAAUAUUUGAAAAUAUGUCAGUUUAAAAGUUGCAAAGUUAAUAGAGGAUAUAAUUAAGCAGUGAUUUAUGGAGAGAUGUGUGUAUGCUGCCUAGAUAUCUGCUGGUGUUAAUCAUCUUUCUCCCACAGUGGCUAAAUAUAUUUAAUUUAAUUCUUUAUACACUAAUAUCUCAUGUUUAUUUUGCGCAGUGGCCAGUAUGUAAGUGGCUUGUGAUUGUAUUUCUAGGUAUUUAAUGGUCGAACACAGCAGUUACAAAAAAAAGGGAAAAAAGAGCAGCUCUCUUGGACUGAAUUCAUUAAGCCUGUUGUCUAUGAAUAUAUGUUUUCUAGUCUGAUUGUAGCAUCCCAACAAUGUGUGGUAUUUGACUUCUGUUAGUGGCUGCAGGUAAACACGGAGAACAAAAAGUGGUGACCAAACCAAGAAUUAAAGUGGUUCAAAGUCAGCCGAAUAGACAAGAUAUAUUACAUUUUUUUCACAGCUUUGACUGCUAACCAUCAGCCAGUGCACUGAAUAACAAAUACCCUCCUUGUCUUACUACUGAACCUGCAGUACUUAAGUAAAUUUCAGAGUUAAGUACAUUUCUUCUAUAAAUGGACAUAAAGUUACUGCAGAUGGAAAAUCACAGGCUAUUUAGGUAUAUUUAGCCCCCGUUUUUUGUUUUUAUUUUUGCAAUUUUGAUUCUGGUACAGUUUUUAAAAAAGAAUGAUGAUACUAUUUGUAGUUAGUCACAAAGCUGCGUGAAUAGAGAAAGCACUGUGAUUUAUUCAUGGUGAUGACUGUGAUUGUUACGGCAUUGCUUGGCACUGCUUUGUUUAAAUACUUUGCAUUUGAAUAUUCAUACGUCUUAUGUUCUGUUUUUUGUAUAUUUUCAAUAUGUAUAUUGGUAAUAUCUCAUGUUUUGGUGCUAUUUUGAUUUCAUUUGGCGUGCAAAGGAAAUAAAACGGCAAUUAAAAGUAGGAUGUGUUUUUU